GGCGGGGGGCUGAGGAGGCGAGCGGCGAGUCGUGGCCGGAGGGGGGCAUCCCUUUUCAGUGUUUUACUUUUUCUUACUGUGUUGUACUUAAAGUACCGUGCAGGAUCUUUUCGGGGGGCAUAAGGCAAAACACCGCAGUUACUAGUACUGCAUGAAAUAAUCAGCACUGUCAUAUGCACACGAUCUAUAUCACACUCACACACGCCUGACACGCUCCGUCUCGCUGGUGUUACCAACGAGUUGCUCCCCUUAACUUCACUGGCCAGGAGAGUUAGAUGGGGGAGGGGUGGAGCCGGGCUUCUGCCGACGCGGAUCGAUGCUCCGAUGUUGACAAGACGAGACCCGGGGUCCUCUGCCAGACACCUCAAUUUAUAGCCGCUUCCCUCUCAUGCAAAUCUCCCAGAGUCAAAAUCUGGGCCUGUGUCCAUUGGUCCUUUGUGCUGCUUUUCUCGGGGCUGGGGGUUGUCCCAGUGCUGCAGAGAGGGUGUUCCCAAAGGAGGGUGCUGGCUUCUACCCCCGCGGCCGUCAGCAUGUCUGCUCUGCUCGAGUCAGCCCGCUCGACAAGUGUGAUUGUCCUUGGUCCGGCUCCCAUCACCUCUCCAAGGGUUGCAGCUGCCUGGAGGUGCCUGCCUUCCAUGCCUUCCUCAGUCACACCUCAUUCACUCAACAGGGCCAUUGACUACAAAGUGGGGGGAAGAGCUUAUUCUGCUUGGGGGGAGGGAUAGCUCAAUGGUUUGAGCUUUGGCCUGCUAAAUCCAGGAUUGUGAGUUCAUUCCUUGAGGGGGUCAUUUAGGGAUCUGGGCAGAAAUUGGGGAUUGGUCCUGCUUUGAGCAGGGGGUUGGACUAGAUGACCUCCUGAGGUCCCUUCCAACCCUGAUAUUCUAUGAUUCUAGCAAAAAGACAUUUUUCUUUUACCUUAAUUGUACUAGCUUAGGGGCCCGCUAUAACAUAUUACCAAGGUUCAAGACAAAGUCAAAUAAAAGUUAUACAAAAAUGCAUAAUGCAGAGAUUAAUCUACAACUGCAUUGAUUGACUGCUGUGUGCAGUAAUAUAGUGACCCCUGGGUCUUUGAAUGAGGCUUUAUACUUGGGGGGGCGAGCGGCGAGUCAGGGGCAAGCGGGUGGGCAAAGAGGCGAGCAGUGAGCCAGCAGGGGCUCUAGGGGCCGGCAUGCGGGUUUCUGGCAGGGGAGGGAGGAGGUGAAAGGAGCCGACUGGUGGGUGGGGACUGACUAGGUGGGACGCAGCAAGCCAGUGGGGCGCUAGGGGGUGAAGAGGGGUGUGAUGGUGGGGCUGAGCGGGGAGGGGACGGGUCCUAUUUUACUGCUGUGAUCUGGUCACCCUAUGCACACCGUUUCUUUCCCCCUCUACGGGCUUCAAGACACCAUCAGGGCCUUGCUAGUGUGCCAUGCGCUGUGAGAUAUCUCUUCUCUUUGUGUGUGACUGUGAGUGUUUCCCUUGUGUGUGAAUUUAUUCAAUACAAUCUUGAGCUUCAUAACGGGAAGCUACUGCUGGGAAAUGCUUCACAGAAGGCAAGUUGUUGAAACAGUGUAUGUUGAUUGCUGGGUCUGAGUUCUGUCCAGAAAAGAGGGGCGUAGUUGAGACUGUCAGUCUGCCACGCCUGACUGUACAGGGAAGAAGAGCUGACAUUUCUACCAAUCUACGUGAUCGGUUAAAGCAGAGAGCCAGUGAAUUCUGCUUUUACUCCCCAGCUAUGGAAGAAAGCACCGGUUUAAAGACACCGCCCAACUUCUUAUUUUUAUGAGAGAGAGUGAUCAAAACUGAAAUUACUGAAGACCUUGCUGGCCUGCACUCCAUGACAGGUCGCACAACCGGAAAAGAAAUCUCCAGUGAAGUGAGAAAGUGCACGAAUGAUCAGUCGGGAUUAGAUUUCACAAACUGCGUGGCCAUUUGUACUGACGGUGCUCCAGCUACGUGCGGAAAAAAUGUUGGAGCAGUUACUCUUCUUGAAGAAUUUACCGGGAGACAAAUAACCGAACAUCAGCUGCAUUGUGCAUCGGCAGGUUUUGUGUAGCAAAGUCUUAAAAUUUGAGCAUGUAAAGUCAGCGGUAGUUUCCAUUGUAAACUACACCCGUUCUAGAGGACUAAAACAUAGGACAUUUCGAGCCUUUCUUGAAGGGGUAGACGCCGAGGGCAGCGACUUAAUCUACCCUACGGAAGUGAGGCGGUUGAGUCGAGGAAGAGCGCUCCAGCGUUUCGUUGCUUUGAAAGAGGAGGUAGCAAAAUUCCUAGAAAAUGGGCCAAUAAAAUUCCCAGAGCUUAAAAAUGAGUCCUGGAAUCCAGAUCUCUUUUUCUUUUGUGAUAGUGCAGCAGCCCUGGAUGAUCUCAACGUUCAACGUCAGGGAAAAAGUCAACUUCUAUUUCGAAUGUGUGCAGCAGUAAAAGCUUUCAAAAUGAAACUGAAACUUUUCACAAGUCAGCUGUCAGAAGGCGAAAUGUGUCACUUUCCCGCUUGUGCACAGCGUAUCCCUCAGCACAAACACGCCGAGUUAGAAGACAAAUACACAAAGCACAUUAAUCUUUUGAUGGAAGAAUUUGACAGAAGACUUACUUUGUCUAAAGAAGACGACGUCCAGUUGAAGCUGGUUGAAGAUCCCUUUCCUGUGGAUCCAGAGGAAGUGCCACUAGAUCUGCGCUUGGAGGUUAUUGAACUUCAAUUUUUGGCAGUUUACCAAAACAGGCACAGAGAAAGCAGCCUGCGGGACGUCUGCAAAAGUCUGGACAAUGAAAAAAAUCUUAUCGAAGUUGCACUGAAAACGUUCGGCAUUUUUGGAAGCACUUACAUAUGUGAACAAACAUUUUCCAUCAUGAACAUGAAUAAAACCAAGCAACGUUCUUCUCUGACUGACGACCAUUUGGAAGACAUUGUGAAAAUAUCCACUUCAAAUAUGACCCCCGAAUACAACAAGCUUGUUGCCGAAAAGAGAUCGGAAGAGGGUCGUGUAUGGAAAGAGUGUUAUAGGGUAUAAUGAUAUCAUCUGUUUUUUCCCAAAUACAGAACAGAAAUAUUUAUUGAAUACUUCUGCCUUUUCUGCAUUAUUAUUUACAAUUCUAACAUUUCUGUCUAGUACUA